GUUAACUGACUGGUGGGCCUGUGACAAGCCUGUGCGGGAUGUCGGCCCAAUUAAACACCGAAAACCCUGUACAAUGGCCAUUCGCUCCACAGUCCACAGUCAGUCACACAGACCACUCGCUCUCUCCCCCAAAUCCCCAAACCCUCGCCGCCGACCAUGGCCGGGCAGCCGCCGUUCACCAACGUAGACCCCGCUACGGAGGCCGAUCUGCGGCGUAGGGGCCUUGACCCGCACGAGGUGGACCGAUCCACGGAGCAGCUGCUCACCCACAUCUGCACCGAGCUCGUCCCCGCCCUGCCGCUCUCCGACCCCCGGCGGCACACGCCCCUCCAAAGAAUCCUCUCCCGCCUCGUCGUCACGGACACGGCGCGCAGCCCCGCCAUCCCCGCCCCCGACGGCGUCGACCGCAUCAGCCUCCUCCGCGACGAGCUCCUGCGGGAAAUCGUCUGCCGCCUCCCCGUCAAGGACGGCGCGCGCACCUCCGUCCUCGCCUCGCGCUGGCGCCGGGUCUGGCUCUCCACGCCCCAAGUCCUCGCCGACGCCCACCUCCGCCCCAAAGGCUGCAGCUUGACACCCACACCCGCCGACUCGCCGGCCAUCAUCGCCGCCGUCUCCAGCAUCCUCGAAGCGCACACGGGCGCUAUCCCCACCGUCCACCUCACCUGCAGCCCCGCGAACGCGUACCAGGUCCAGCUCGCGCGCUGCCUCCAGCUACUCGCCACCAAGGGCGUCCAGGAGCUCGUCCUCGUCAACCGCCCGUGGCCGCUCGACGUGCCGCUCCCGCCCGCGCUCUUCGGCAUCACCAGCCUCGUUCGCAUCUACAUCGGCCUCUGGAGGUUCCCGGACGUGGCCAGGUUACCGCCCCGCACCUCCUUCCCCCAUCUCCGUGAGCUCGGCAUCUGCAGCGUCGUCAUGGAGGACGGGGACAUCGACUUUGUGGUCGCCAUGAGCCCCAUCCUGGAGACCCUCAACAUCCACGGAUGCAACAAGGGGCUGCGCCUUCGCCUCGUCAGCCAGAGCCUCCGAUGCGUCCAGAUUUGCAGCUCUGUUCUGGAGGACAUUGCCGUUGUGAAGGCCCCUCGCCUCGAGCGGCUCAUCCUGGAGGGCUUUCGGAGCAACGCCGGUGGCUUGUGCACCAGAGUCAGGAUUGGCGAUGCUCCCAAGCUGCACGCAUUAGGAAUCUUGGAGCCAGGGAACACAAUGCUAGAGAUCCAAGACACCAUCGUUAUGGCCGGGGUAAAGGCGAGCCCAAGCACCAUGGCCACCAGUGUCAAGGUCCUGAGUCUGAAUGUGCGUUUUGGAAACCACACCCAUGCCGAGAUGGUUCCCUCCUUCCUCGGCUGCUUUCCCAAUUUGGAGGCACUGCACAUUAUGUCUGAAAAAUGUGAUUAUCAAGCUGGCAAUGCCAGGAGGAACCUCAACUUAUGGAAGCUGGCCAAGCCCACUGAAAGUGUCAAGUCGUGUAUCAAGGUGUUCUCCUACAGAGAAUUCCGAGGGGAGCUCGGGGAGGUUGCCUUCCUCAACUUCUUCUUCCUGAACGCGAGGGCGCUGAGGACUGCGUCCAUCUCCAUGGCUAACCCAAGCUUCACGUCAUUCUCGAUGGAUGAGGCGACUCGUAAAGCGCAGGAAGCUUCUAACAAGAUGACCAGCAUGUCCUGCGAAAUGGUGCUUCUCGGGAGCACAGGUCCUGAAGGAGGUAGCCCCUGGAGCUUCAAGAGAGGGACGGAUUACUCCUUUGAGGACCCUUUCUCAGCAGUGCAGAUUCGCAACAUAGCUUAAUAUCUGUAUCUGCUUCUUUUGGUACCUGACUUUGGUGGUACUUACAUUGCAUACUUUUUGUGUUAAAUUCGUCGUCCGAUGUUUGAUGAGAAUCAGAAAUAGUAUGGACUGA